UACGGAAGAAGAUAGAGAUGAAAUCACGGGACCAUGGUAUACUCGUGCUUGGAAGCGCUUUGUUAAUAUUUUCACCUAAGAAAUGUAUUUAUAAUUAUGUACUUAUACCUUAUUUUUUAAUAAAUAAAAAAUAUUCGUUAUUUUCUCUAUGGUUAUGCAGCUAUUCUGUAUCACACGAUGCAUUAUGCAAACAUUCAAACGGAGAUCAUUUAUUACUGUAUACCUGUCAUCACCUUCAUUAUAUAUAUAUUUUUUUUCAAUUGAAAAGGGUACUUUCACUUAGCAUAUGCUCACUUGUGUAUUAAACCAUAUCUAAUCACUUAUUAAAGCCUUGUAAAAAUAAAAAGAGAGUUAAUGUUCAACAUUGCACCCUACAUUUCAAAAUAUGUAAGAGCCCUUCAUGCCAAUGAUGAAGGUGUAAAGGUACCGUACAGUCACACCCAGUUUGGAGUUGUCCUAAUGGUGGAUAUUGUCGGAUUCAGUUCUUUGACAACUAUGGCACAAGAAAAAGGCGAUUCAGGCGCUGAGGCCAUUGCCAUGGAGAUCGGUGCAUAUAUGGGAGAGUGUAUUCAAGUCAUUGAGUUUUAUGGAGGCGAUGUAGUCAAGUUUCUAGGGGACGCUGUAUUAGUUUGCUUUCAGAAUAUACAAAGACCCAAAAAACAAACUUCGGAUAACAGUACCUCCAUGCCAAGAGAAGACAGUGAAAUGACACAGCGACAAAAUAACAUUUUGAUAAGGAAAGCUGUAGAAUGUGGCUUACAACUCCUUGCGAGAUUGUCCCAUUAUAGAGUAUACUUGACCGCUGAAGAAAGAUCAAAACAUAGAGUAGCAACCUCUGAAGAUAACGAAGGAUCUAUAGGUCCUUCAUUGUUCGACUGUAUGAAUCCAAUGGAAGAUAGAAACAGCGACGAGCAGUCAGGAUCUGUAUCAGAUACGCUUAUAACGAACCCUGAUAUCACACCAAGUGCCAAUGAGGACGAAUCACAUUAUUUUAUGAAUGACUGGUUGAAUAUACUGAUGCCUAAGAAGCGUCGAAAACAAAAAAAGCAUAAUUGUGAUAGAAGGCUAAGUGCAUCCACAACUGAAGGUUCCAUACAUCAACAUAAUACGAAAAAUUCGAUUGACCUAGAACUACAUAUGGCACUAUCGUGUGGAGACGUUGUCAACAUUGUUUUGGGAGAUACCGAUGCAAAGGAGCCUUAUACAUCAGAUUAUGAAAGCCCCUACACUUUAAACAGUCGCAGUAUAUCGUAUGCAGGAGAACAGCCUAUAGAAAACGAACCUAUUGAGUGCUGUGGAAGAUUAGAGUACGCUAUAGGAGGAGAAGUAGUAGAAUUACUGGAUGAGGCUCUGUCUAUUGCAAAAGCUGGCGAGAUGUGUGUCACUCCAGCUGUAUACGAAAUCAUUCGGUCACAGGGACUAAGCUUAACCUUUGAAAGCAGACGUCAGUUUUAUGUGAUAAGCAAUAUAGUUGAUUCAGCAUCCGCACCAAGAAAUGUCACCUUUACCUAUGCUCAGCCCUAUAAACACACAAACGGGCCAAUUCAUAGAAAAAAUAACCCUACAAGCAAUAAAAAUAACCUAGAGUAUUUAAACGCUCUACCUGGUAUACGAAUGCAAGGAUCCAAGCUAAACAUAGAGCCACUUGUUCCACGAGUGAGAAAUGCAUCUUAUAUGAACAUACCAGCCAAUCGAAACGCAUUUUACUAUAAAUACUUGAAUCAAAGCGCACUGUAUCGUAUGCGAAACAGUAUUGGUGGAAAUAUACCUGCUCAAUUUCGCGAUGCGACCAUUAUGUUUAUCAGUUUAGGUAAGGCAAAUGUGGCAACCAAGAAAGGCCUUGAAAAGACACAAGAAGCCGUUACAAUCAUCAUUAAGGCCCUGGUAAAAUACGAAGGUAUGCUUCAACAAUUUGCUAUUGACGAUAAAGGUGCUACUGUAUUAUCUGUCUUUGGUCUUCCUCCUUUAUCACAUGAACGAGAAGCUGUAUUCGCAGCCAAGGCAGCAUUAGAAAUACGAGAAUCCUUGCUGAGAUGCGAAUAUGAAGAUUUUGCGAUUUCACUAUCUACAGGAACUAUAUUUACUGCUGUCCUUCCAAGGGAGUGCCCUUACAGGCAAGAUGCUGGCAUAGCGGGCGACACUAUUGUAAUUGCUGUGCGUAUGCUCAAGUUUUUGUUUUCAAAACAAAACGUCGUAUGUGAUCAGGCGACCAAGAAACAAAUUGGAGGCCUCUGCGAAUUUGAAGAUUUAGGAGAAAAUCUAGUAAAAGGCAAAACAAAGCCUUUUCAAAUGUAUAGGAUACAAGAGUUUACUCCCCCUGAACGUGACAAGCGCAUAUCUCUAUUGAGCAUUGAAAAACCAAAUGGAUUCAUAGGCUAUAAAUCAGAAUUAGCUAAAUCAACUGCCUUCAUUGACAGUUGGUAUGAAGCACCUGAUCAUCACGUCUUGGUGAUUUCUGGGCCGUCUGGUACUGGAAAAAGUUUUCUCUGCAACAAGUUGCAUAAAAUGAUGACAUCCCAUGGGGUACUAAGCUGGUAAGAGUAAAUCAACUAAUAUUGCUGUAUGUGCUAAUCUGUUCUUGUUUGAACUAUGCGUAGCUGGUCGUCGUCUACUGAAGUUGAGAAGGGGAGUAAAUACUAUUUAUUGAGAAAUCUGAUUAUGGCUCUCUUGGAUAUCAUUAUCUCUGAUAGAAUUCCUCAGCGAUCGGCACUCAAAUAUGAAUCCAAUAGCAGCUAUAGUAGUAGUAACAACAGCUUUACGUCUCCCAUGAACAGCUAUCCACAAGUAAACUCAGAAGGCUCAACUGAUUCUUCACCCUCACGUGUGUCAUCCAACUUUAUUAGAAGCCAUGGUUUUUUUAGGCGCUUAAAUU